UUUUGGUAUGUUACUCUGGGAACUUGUUUUCGAAAAAAUUCCAUACGAAAAAUGGAAUAUAAUGCAGAUUAAAGAACAUGUAUUAGCUGGUAACAGAGAAAAAAUCACAUGGGGAAAGGCUUCACCAGAUGUUGAAAAACUUCAAAAAGGCUUGGCAAAAAUCAUUGUGUCUGCAUGGAAAGGCGACCCAGCAGUUCGAGCAUCUCUUCAAAAUAUUUUUAUAAAUUUGGAUCACCUAGUUGAUGAAUAUUGCACACCCGACAAAGAAUUUUCUUAUCAACUUUUACCUGAUAAGGAAUUAGAUUUAGAUGGAUCUUUUUCUCGUGCAGUUUCUAUUAGCGAUGAAGGUGGUUUGGAUUUACCGGACAUGGACAUGGAUUUUAAUAUUAAUGAAAUACCACAAAUAAUUACUCUUGAAGAAGGUAUUGCAGCACAUAAGAAAAAUGAACAUACAAAAGCUUACAGAUGUUUUUCAGCGCAUGCAGAGUUAAAUAAUGCAACUGCAAAAUAUUGGAAAGGGUAUUACUUGUGGGAAGGAAUUGGAGUUGAGAAAGAUCGUAAACAAGCUUGUGAAUUGUUUAAAGAAUCAGCUGAUGAUGAAAUCGCGGAUGCUCAAUUACGUUAUGCAUUUUCAUUAGUUAAUAAUCCACCAGUAAAAUUUGAUCCUGAUAUCUUUUUGAAAUAUAUAACCAAAGCUGCAGAUAAUAAGAAUCCCACUGCACAAUUUAACUUGGGAGAGAUAUAUUUGCACGGUAAACUUGGGAAAAAGGAUGAAAAAUUAGGCAAAAAAUAUUUACGAUUGGCAGCUCUCAAUAAUCAACCUAAAGCUAAAGAAGCUUUACAAAAGUUAGGGAUUGAUGUGUAUACCGAUAUUUAA